UGUGUUAAAGAAUCAUUUGAAAGUCUUAAUCUUGAGUCCAAAAUCUCAAAGAAGAAAAUAGAGGAGUUGGAGCAAGAAUUACCUUCUCGUGCAGCAGAAUUAGAAAAUGUAGUAAAAUCUUCUCACUCCAUAAUUGAGGUUGCUGAGAAAAAACAUGGUAAAAAAUGCGGGGAUCCCGAAGCUGAAUCAAAAAAAUAUUCAGGCAUGGUAUCUGAACUCACUGGAAAAAUCGAGAAGUUCCGAUCUUUAAUGUUGAACCUUGAGAGUGCACUUCAAACAGCAAGUGAAAAGGAAGUGGGGCUGAUGGAAUCUUUGAAUGUAAUGAAAGUAGAGAAACGAAGUUCAGAAGAAGCAUUGGAGAAUUCCACUAAAAAGCUUCGGGAAGCUGAAAAUUUGCUUGAAUCAUUGUGUGGUGAAUUGUCUCUUACACAGGAGAAACUAGAAAGCAUUGAAAAUGAUCUAAAGGGCUCUGGACUAAGGGUGUGUGUAAUUAUGGAAAAGCUGAAAGCUGCUGAGGAUCAAUUAGAGGAGCAAGUGAGAGCAAUAGAGGAAGCAACUGCAAGUAAAAUGCAUUUUGAAUCUUUACACGAGUCUUCUACUAGGGACUUUGAGGUAAAAAUGCAGGAGACAAUGGCAAAUUUCAGCGAAAAGGAGUCUGAGGCUAACUCAUUGUCUGAGAAAUUUAAGAUUCUUGAAGAUAAGGUACAAAGUUUAGAAGAACAGGUCGGUGAAGAAGCACUGAAGGCUGCAUCUCUAACAGAAGAAUUGCAUCAGAGUGUUGCUAAGGUAGAUUCCUUAGAAAGCUCUAAUGAAGAGCUUAAAAAGAUGAUUGAGGAAGCUGAGGGUAAAGUGGCACAAUCUCUUUCAGAGAAGGAACUUUUGGUGGAAAAAAACUCCCAGACGAAGAACAAGGUUGAUGAGCUUCUGGAAUUGCUUAAUUCGGCUGAUGCAGAAAAAGAAGCCACUUCUCUUCAACUUGCCUCUCACAUGAAUACCAUCACUGAAUUAACUGAGCAACACUUGAGAUCUUUUGAGCAGCACUCUGCUGCUGAAGCUCGUCAUUUGCAGGCUGAAGAACAGUUGAAGGAAACAAGUGGUAGACUAGCUGAGAAAGAGAAGGAAGUCGAGGAGUUGGGUGCACGGUUGAGUGCCCUUGAAAACCAAGUGAAAGCAUAUGAGGAGGAGGUUCGUGAAGCAUCUGUGAUAACCGGGUCUAGAGAGGCGGAGAUAGAACAGUUAAAGGAGACUGUUGCUAAAUUAGCUGAUAAAGAGGCUGAAAUUCAGUGAAAUACUUGUAGCUCUUGAAGGCCAAGUGAAAAAGUAUGAAGAGAAGGCUCAUGAAGCAGAGGGAAUUGCUGAAUCAAAUGAAGUUGAAAUUAGAGAGAUGGUUGAAAAAUUAUCUCAGACAGAUUGAAGUUACAGAAUUGAAGGAGAAACUUGCUUCCUUGAAGGCCAAGUAAAAGGUUUAUACAGAAGAAGCCGGUCAAAUAUCUGGGAUCGCUGAAUCUAGAAAUGUUUCAAAUUGAAGACCUGGUUGGGAAAUUAAGUAAAAAGGAGUUUGAAGUAUCGGGGCUAAUGAACUCAUAAAUCCUAAUGGUAUGUCAUAUCCUCUUUUGGUUGUUUAUGCAUCAUAAAGUUAUGAAACUGAUUGAGAUGUUCUCUGUAUUUAAGUAUAGGACCAUUAUACUACAAGUGUGUUUAUCAUCUGUUCUAUCAGUAUAAUCCUUACUCAGCUAUAUGGGGGGAAUAUGACUUGGGUUCAUUCAAUCUCACAUGAUCUUGUCAACUAGAUUCACAUUGAACACGCCCUUAACCCAACCGAGCCUUAUGAAUUGGGUUGCUGCUACUCCAGGUCUGUCACCAUGCUCCCUGGAGGAAAACCUGUCAUUUUCUAUACUGGUGCAGACACUUAGAAUUUUCAGUCACAGAAUUUGGCAUUCCCUAAGGACCCCGCUGAUCCCCAUCUAACCUAAAAGGUUAAGUCGCCUCAUAAUCCUGUAAUUGCUGAAACAGAUGGUGACAUUGAUUCUAGCAAUUUCAGAGAUCCUACAACUGCUUGGCAAGCUGCUGAUGGUGCUUGGCACGUUCUUAUAGGCGGAAAGGUAGAUGGCUGAGAAAUGGCAUUUUUGUGCCAGAGUAAAGAUUUUGCUAAUUGGACUAGAAGUGAAGUCUCUUCACUUAUCAGCAAAAACCGGAAAGUGGGAGUGUCCAGAUUUCUUUCUUGUGAGCAUUGAUAAUAAAGAUGGAGCAGAGAACUAUUUUAUGAAGGAAAACACCAAAUUUGUUCUUAAGGCAAGUUUUCUUGAUCGUGGGCUUUUAUAAGGCCGUAACAAAUGAAUUUGAGGUGGACAAUACUGACUUCAUGGAAGGUAUUACUGAUUGGAGAUAUGAUUAUGGAAGUAAAUAUUAUGCUUCCAAGACAUUUUUCGAUGGUGAGAAAAAACGGCAAACGUUGUGGGUGCGGAUAUUGGAGGCUGAUGGUAAAGCAAAUGACAAGAAAAAAAGGGUGGUCAGGGCUUCAGGUAAUAUUCCAAUUAAGGUCUUCUUGUUGUGGACUUAUUUAAUUAUUGGUUUGAAUAUGAGCUUCAGUACUCUGUAUUAUUAAUAUCAUGACAUGCCUACUAGUCUCAUUUCGAUCUAGCAGUGUCAGCAUGUAGACGCAACCUGUCGUAGUGUUGUUGCAUCACCACAACAACAAAAAAAAAAAAAAAAAAAAAAAAAAAAAAA